UACUGAUCACAUUAAUAAACUGUUGAACAAUCACACAAACAUUAUCAUCUAUAAAACAUCUGAAUAAAAGCAGAAGAAUCCCAGAGUUGAUUUAAUGAGACGUGAACGUUGUUUUCUCAUGUGUGACAGAAACUCAGAGUAAGAUCAUGUGAUUAUUAAUAUUUCACUCUGUUACCAAUUAAAACUGGUUUACUCUGUAGUUUUACUUCAGCGUUGUCGGUCUUGCUGUCGGGGGUUCGUAGGUCAGCGAGGUGUGAGCAGGACUUUGGUCCAGUUGUUCCUCCGACCUGCAGAUGAUCAAGGUUUGUUUCCUCCUCAGGCUGAUAACAAACAGUGAUUAACAGGGAGCUGGAGAGAGACGUCUCACUCUGAUUAAAAUACCAUAUAAUAUCAGUGUUACAGCUGUAGGUGAAGUGUUGUGACUCAGUGGUGACGGUGCUCUGUGGUCACUCAGAGGUCACCAGAGGUCACUCAGAGGUCACCAGAGGUCAGGUGGGAAACACACAUUAACAUUAUAUCCCUCAAAGAAACAAGAAGACAGACUUAAAGAAUAGAGACAAAAACUGAUUCUGCUGUUUUCAUUCACCGACUGACCUGCUUUGUUUUGUGGUCAUGUGAUUUACUGUGUGUUUACAUCACAGCUCCCAGAGUCCGACUGUACAUGUGAAAACCGUUUGUGGCUCUGGAGGAAACUGUGUCUGUUAAACGUGAACAGAGAGAGCUGAGUGUAACUGACCCCUGUAGCUCAAUCUAUGUUCAAACUGUUGGCGGUUGAGUUGCAUUGUGGGUAAGAAGGACAAAGAAUGUGUGCAAUAAAAGAUAAAAGUGUGCAACGCGAGCAGUGAAUCAGGAGACAAACUGAAAGUCUCAGAGGACGAGUCUCGUUCACUUCGUCCGAUUCUUCCAGAAACUUUCACUGAAGAGUCAAAAACAUGUGAAAGAAGAAACUUUUCCUAACAAAAGGAUUUAUAACGUUCACUUUUAUAAUUAUACCAACAGGUGCUAAUAUGAGCGCUCCAUAACCACACAAAAAUAAAUGAAAUGAAUAAUUAAUAUCACAAACAUUAAUGAACAAUAACACCAAAGUAUAAACUCUGAAAUCAUCGGUUUGACUCUCAGCUGCUGAACUUCUGUUUAUAAACGGAAAUGACUGAAUCACUUGACGUGUCAGAGGAAAGUUUGAACUGAAGACGAGCGAGCGAUGACAGCGACGCCGUGACGUGUAGCGACAGCAGUGACAGGACUCGUCCAGCGAGGCAGCGACAGACGGACUUUACUCUUCAACACCACUAUAAAACCUGCGAGCGUCCGGCAGCUCGUCACAGGCCUCAGACACAGAGAGAAGAGACGAGCUCUGAAGCAGUUAAGUUCCAGUUCAGUCAUGAAGGUUCUUGUGGUUCUCGCACUUUUCUCUGUUUGCAAUGCCAACAUCCUGUGGCAGGAGCCGCCCAGGAGCAAGCUGCAGGUGGUGGAAGAGGCUUUCUGGGACUAUGUUGCUAAAGCGACGCUGACGGCUGGAGACACAGUGAAGCAGAUCAGAGCGUCGGAGCUGGGACAGGAAGUCAGCGCAAAGAUCUCUCAGAGCGCCGACGCCGUGAACCAGUACGUGGUCGCUGUGCGGACUCAGGUGGCUCCUCUCACCCAGGACUUCAUGACCCAGCUUACCCAGGAGUCCGAGCGGCUGAAGGCCCGUCUGGAGAAAGAUCUGACCGCCGUGAGCGCCGGCCUGAAGCCCUACGCCGAGGAGCUGGUGUCGGACCUCCAGAAGCAGGUGGAGGAGCUGAGGAGGGAGGCGACCCCCUACGCUGAGGCCAUGGACCCAGAGGCCCUGAAGGCCGUGCUGCUGCAGAAGAGCCAGGAGCUGAAGGGGCAGCUGGACGUGAGCGUGCAGCAGCUGCAGGUCCAGAUGCUUCCCUACACCCAGGAGAUGAAGCAGAAGAUGGAGCAGAGUCUGGAGGAGUUUCAGACCAGCAUGAUCCCCCUGACCCAGAACUUCCAGACCCAGCUGAAGCAGAAGACCCAGGAGAUCCAGCAGAACCUGGCUCCAUACGGAGAGGAGCUGAAGGACAAGCUGGACACCGACGUCCAGAACCUGAAGAAGCAGCUGGCUGCUCUGUGGGAGUCCUUCACUCAGCUGACCCAGUAAACAGACCGUCUGCUGCUCAGACCUCCACAGAAGAUAUUUAUUCAAACUUUAACCAGUGUUAAUUUUAUUAAAUAAAAACUUGAUGAUGAAGUUCUGUGUCGCAGGGUCGUGUUGUUUUACACACAGUUUGUAAUUAAAAGCUUCACCACAAAUCUACCAUGAUGAAAACCGACUCACACAAAGGAAAAAAUAUACAUUCACACACUAGUUCUUCCCAUAAUGCACUGCAGCACCAUGUCUCCCUCGUGCUUGAACAGACACUCGACUGAAACCUGGUUUAACUCAGGACCCUGUUCAGAGACACGAGCUGAUGCUAAAACAAAAACAACAGACUCUGAAACAGGAAGUGAAUUUAGUGGAAAGUCUCUCA